UUGGUCAUGAAAACCCUCAAUAGGAAAAGAAAAGGGCUGAAUCAGGACCAAUCAGGUGCAAUUUUGUUAACCAAAAUUCGCACAAAUAAACCUAUGAGAUCGAAGACAAAUGGCAAUAGCAUGCAAUCGUUUGUGUUCCAUGGGAAGGAGAAGAUCUCUCAAAGCGAAAUCAGUGAUGAAGAAAUUGAAAAUAUCAAAAUGGAAGAGAAAAGUUUGAUGAAGCCUCCAAAAUUAGCAGAGACACCUAUCAACAUUCUUGAGAAGAACAGUCCUUCUCAAAAAUCUCCUGAAGUGGUGAUUUACCCUCAGAGCAGAAAUCUGAAACAUUUGAGUAAUCAUCAACCCUUGCAUCGUUUUUACUUUAUGAAAAUUGUUAAUUUGGAACAAUAA